UGCACUCGCCAAGAGUUAUUUUUAUUGGUAUUGCAGAAAUCUGUAAAUUUUCUUUACCGGCAAUCCUCUUUUUGCAUUUACAACCUCCAUUUAUUUAACAUUAAGCUACGAUGCCCGAAUUAACCGAAAUAGAGAAAGCAACAGUUGCAGAAGCAAAAUCCGAUCACAGUCAUUCCUCAACUGACAGCGAUACCGAUGAUGAAAUUCCGGAGUUGGAGGAUGCAGGUGCCGGAGGUGCGGCGGGUACGGGGGCCUUUCCGGGAGCUGCCGCCGCCGCCGGUCUUCCAAUUGACAUGGUGUCAAAGGCAAAGCAAUCGAGGGGAGAAAAGAAGGCGAGGAAGAUUAUGUCUAAACUUGGCCUUAAACAGGUACAAGGCGUAAACCGGGUCACCAUUCGCAAAUCUAAGAAUAUCCUGUUCGUUAUAAACAAACCCGAUGUUUAUAAAAACCCAGUUAGCGAUACUUAUAUAGUGUUUGGGGAGGCGAAAAUAGAAGAUCUGUCUCAGCAAGCGCAGGUUGCGGCAGCCGAAAAGUUCAAGGAAGUAAAUCCGGCAGGUGACGGAGCGUCCGGCAAUCCUACCACAUCGGUAGCACCGAUCGCGGAAGAGUCUGAAGACGAAGAAGUGGACGAGACGGGGGUUGAAGACAAAGAUGUCGAACUUGUUAUGACGCAGGCGAAUGUUAGUCGUAGCAAAGCCAUUAAAGCUUUGAAAAAUAAUCAAAACGAUAUAGUUAACGCCAUCAUGGAACUCACAAUGUGAUGACUUUGAGUAUUUAUUGUCGGUGUUGUUGCUUUCGUUAAUUUACCAUUUAGUCACAUUGUAAUACUGUAUAUACAAGGCCAAUUGUGACCUUUCAAAAUCAGUUGCAAAUAGUUUUAAAUCUUUGAACGUAAUGCCCUAAUUUAAGUUUAAAAUAAACAAUAUUUCGAUUUA